AUGGCUGAUAUUCACAAAAUUGCUAACAUCAAUCCUACAAUCUACAAUUUGUGUGUACGUAUACGAGUGAUAUGGUAUCGAAUAAAGCUUGGUGUCAUUGAUGAUUCUGACUGUGCAUGUUAUGUAGUAUUUAACAAUGAGACAAAACAAGUUUUGGAAGAGAGCUGUGUAGAGAUACUUGAUCCACUCCUAUUGAAAGAAGAUCUAUCAGAUACACCUACACUUUUACUCAACCUAAUUGAUAAGAUCUUUCUCUUCAUCAUUGAAGUUCAAAUAUAUGAUAUUUCAUAUUUUUCACCUUUUUAUAAAGUUAAGAAGAUGACUAAUAAUGUGGAUCUCAUAAAUAAAUUCAAAGAGACUCACCCUAUUCAAAUUGAUGUUGACUACACCGGUGCUUUGUUUCUAAUUUCAAAGACAUCCUCAAUCAUUGAAGGGGAGAAAGUAGAAGAUUACAGGUAUUUUCAGAGUAGAGCAAUUCUUGCACCCACACUUAAGAGUGUCGAGAAGGUAAACGAUUUUGUCUUGACAAUCUUUCCGGGGAUGGAAAAGGAGUAUUUGAGCUCUGACACAACAUGUCAAGCUGAUGAGAAUGAAGAUGUAAAACAAGAGUGGUUCACAUCAGAGUUUCUAAAUGACAUCAAAUGUUCGGGACUACUCAAUCACAAGUUGACUUUGAAGCCAGGAGUCGCUGUAAUGCUACUGCGAAACAUAGACCAGACUUCAGGUUUAUGCAACGGGACAAGAUUAAUAGUUAACAAACUUGGCAGCAACGUAAUUGGAGCGACGGUAGUGAGCGGUAGAAAUAUUGGAGAUAAAGUGUACAUUCCAAGAAUGAACUUGAUCCCUUCAGAUUCAGGAUUGCCAUUUAAGUUCCAACGGAGACAAUUUUCAUUAACAGUAUGCUUUGCAAUGACCAUUAACAUGAGUCAGGAUCAAUCAUUAUCACAUGUACGGCUUUAUUUGCCAAAAUCAAUGUUCAUCUAUGGACAACUUUAUGUUGCUUUGUCAAGAGUUAAGAGUCGCAGUGGUCUCAGGUUCAAGAACAACCAACAACAACAUUGA